AUGGCUCCUGUCAAGAAUGGUCGUCUUCUCUUUAAUGAUAUUCCCUCAGGCUACCCCGAACCUGGCAAGACCACCAUCUACGACGAGUCCGAGACGAUUGAUCUCGACAGUGUCUCCUUGAACGGCGGCUUCCUCGUCAAGACUCUCGUUCUCUCCGCUGAUCCUUACCUCCGUGCCAGGAUGCGGGACCCCAAGGUCGAGAGCUUCGUACCCGCUUUCGAGAAGGGCCAGCCGAUCUCCAAUUUCGGUGUUGGUGUCGUCCUGCGCUCUGAGAACAAGGCUAUCAAGGCUGGAGACCACGUCCAUGGCCUUUUCCCCUUCAAAAAGUACAUCACCCUUCCCAACCUCGAAGGCUCCCGCAUCCUCGAGAACAAGGAGCGUCUCCCAUGGUCUGCGUAUGUUGGGGUCGCCGGCAUGCCUGGCCAGACCGCCUACGCUGCCUGGAAGGAGUACGCCCAGGCGAGGAAGGGCGAGACCGUCUUUGUCACGGCGGCAUCUGGCCCUAUCGGCUCGCUCAUCGUCCAAUUCGCGAACGCCGACGGCAUGAAGGUCAUCGCCUCUGCCGGCUCCGACGAAAAGGUCGCAUUCGUCAAGAGCCUCGGAGCAGACGUCGUGUUCAACUACAAGAAGACGAAGACGGCCGAUGUACUGGCAAAGGAAGGCCCCAUCAAUGUCUACUGGGACAACGUCGGCGGCGAGUCGCUCGAUGCCGCUCUUGCAAACGCGGCAAAGCACGCCCGAUUCGUGGAGUGUGGCUACAUCACUGGCUACAAUGGCGAGGGGACGCCGGUGAAGAACAUGGCGGUGGUCUUCGGGAAGGAGAUCACGCUCUACGGCUUCCUUGUCUUCUCGCUCCUGCCCAAGUAUGGAGAGGACUUUUACCGCGAAAUCCCGGCGCGCGUCGCCAAGGGCGAGCUCAGGUAUAUCGAGGAUGCCAAGAAGGGCCUCGAGUGGGCCGGCCAUGCCAUCCUGGAGAAUCAGCAGGGCAAAAACCAUGGGAAGAGCGUGAUUAUCGUCGCUGAGGAAUAAAUAAACGCGACGAGUAGCCCGUGAUCGGAAUGUAACAUUAGCAUCAAAGUGUUGUACGCUGUCUACAGACUUAUAACGCAAGA